AUAGUACGGCUAUGAGCAUUGCCUACAACGGCUUACACUUAUGUAAAACAGCUCCCGUGCGGACAGUACUCCGCAAAUAUGUAAGUUACUUAUCAACACGUUUGACAAGCACGUGGUCUUCAAAACAUGAGAACGAAACCGAAAGUGGACUUCAACGAUGCGUCGAAACCGCGGGCAGCGCUGACGGAAGAAUACGUGAAGGCUCACUAUGAAGGUUCUGACAAAGAUACACUCGCCGAGGUGACCCAAAGCAUGACCGUCUACGACGAUUUUGUGACGCCCGAAGAAGAGACCACUUUGAUCGCCGAAAUCGAGCCGCAGUACAAGAGGUUGCGGUACGAAAGCAGCCACUGGGACGAUGCAAUUCAUGGUUACCGGGAGAUCGAGCGGAACACAUGGUCCCCUGCGUGUGAAGCCAUAUUGGGGCGAAUCAGAGCGCUUGCUUUCACUCCCGAAGUGAACCAGAUACAGCACGUUCACUGUCUCGACCUCCUCGAAGACGGCCACAUCAAACCACACGUGGACAGUGUUCGGUUUUGCGGUGACACAAUUGCUGGUCUGUCCCUCCUCUCAUCGAGCAUCAUGAAGCUGGUGCAUGAAAAAAUGCCAGACAAGUGGGUUAAGAUACUUCUGAGAAGACGAUCACUAUACAUUAUGAGUAAAACAAUAAGCAGCUUCGACGAAUACAAAGCCCUAGCGUACCUCUGUGCACUUCGUCGUGGUCGUCCUAGUCCACCUGACAGUACCAGUCCUUCUGUGCCGCAACACUACACCCCUGGAGUGAGAGCACUAGCCAUGAACUUGUCAGGAUGUAACACAGAGGAACAGCAAGGUAUGACUACACCCAUGAGAUACUGGCCAACCAGCAUUCAGUCUUCAGGUCCACUCCUGUGCACAAGUCAAGAAGGAUAUCCGUCAUGUGUCGCAAUGAGCCCAGCUGACAGUGAUGCAAAAGUGUAGUUUCCAAUAAAUGUGUCUCUAUUUGAAAGCUUGGGAGCACCGCGAUAUAGUAUUC